CCAAAAAUACCCUUGUAAUAACUGUAUCGAAUUUAAAGGUAUGUCACUAAAAACUAUUUAUACAUGUUCACUUUCAAUAACAUAAUUUACUUACGUUACAGAAAUGAUCAUCAAACAAAAUCAGGUCGUUACAGAAAUAAAUGGCGAACACAAAGUUUUAAGAGAACAGAUAUCAAAAUUGCAAAGUACAUUAUUAUCUGCUUUUUAAUGAAAUCUGCUUUUUAAUGAAAUCUGCUUUUUAAUGAAUCAUUAAAAUUACUUUUUUUUAGCAACAAUGGUUGACCAAAACAAAAUAAUAGUUGAAAUGCUGGCUGAGCAAAAAAUUCAGUUGCAAGGUUUACAUAAUGUACGAAAAAAUAUUAACAACCUAAUAACGGUAUAUCCAAUUAAAACUGAAGAAGAUCUUCAGAAAAUGGAAACUCAAAUAAACGAAGCUAAUGAAGACAAAUAUAUAUCAGCUAUUAAAUAUUUAGUAGAUGGAAAUGUUGUAAAAAAUCUAGAACGUGUAUUAUCCCGAGAAUUGUGCGUAUUAUAUAAUAUAGACGGGAUAUGUGGAAAAAAGGGUUUAAGACAUUAUAAAAACGUAUACAAAACUAUUAUAUCUGAAAUAAAUAGUUAUUCAACCAACGCUGAGAAAGAAAUAAGGACCGCACUUCAAGUGGUAAAGAAACGUCACUUUCGUUCCGUUUGUGCAAAAAAAAGGUAUCUGCUAAAACCGAUGUGGUUCUAGAAACUAAUGAACUUUAAAUAGAAUUUUAAGUUUUUAUAAUAAUUCUUUAUUAACACAAAAAUAAUAAUUAAUAGGUGAAUCAUAAUUAUGUUUCACCAGGAAUUAAAAAAUU